CCGUUUCCUACACUUCGCGUCGUCUUUUUCCCCUCAUUUUUCUCGCUACAUCUUCGCCGCACUCGUCUUUCUCUACUGUACUACCAUGUCCGGCCGCGGUAAAGGAGGAAAAGGUCUUGGAAAGGGCGGAGCCAAGCGUCAUCGCAAAGUCCUUCGCGAUAAUAUCCAAGGGAUCACCAAGCCCGCCAUCCGUCGUCUCGCCCGUCGUGGCGGUGUCAAGCGUAUCUCAGGCCUCAUCUACGAGGAGACCCGCAACGUUCUCAAGGUCUUCCUCGAGUCCGUCAUCCGCGACGCUGUCACCUACACAGAGCACGCUCGUCGCAAGACAGUCGUCUCGAUGGAUGUCGUCUACGCCCUCAAGCGCCAGGGCCGUACGCUUUACGGCUUCGGCAGUUAG